AUGCCUGUUGUUCCUAUCCUCCCUUACCGGAGCCGCUUUGAACUGAAAGACCGUCUGUACUCUACCGACGAUCUAUACACGGUUCGGCAGAGAGGAGACGAAUCCCUACGGGAAUACGUUGUGCGCUUCAGUCAUGAAUACUUGAGGUGUCCGGAAACGGAUGAUAAGGCAGCCUACGGCGCCUUCAAGAGUGGCCUUCGGUCCUCUCACUUUUGGUAUCUCGUGCACAGUAGCAAUUGGCACACGUAUGACGAAUUGAUGAAGCAGGCAGCAGUCCACGCCAAGGCUGAAUAUUUCAACUCUAAGCCCGAGCCUUCGACUCGGCAGGAGGAAUCAGCACCAAAAAGCUAUCUUGGGCGGACUGACGACUCUUCGGCAUGCCACAAGCGAAAGGAAGACCGUGAUAAUCGGCAAGGGAGCUCAAAGAAGGGGUGUGGGAAAUACGGUCGCAACGACCAUCGAGCGCCACUACCGAAUCACGACCGCGCUCAGGAAGUCUUCACCCUGUUGAAUACUACAUAUGAGGCCGUCCAGAUGAACGUGCACGAAAAAAAUCCCGAAACCAAACUGAAAGCCCAAUUGGCAGGACAAUCGGGAUACCAGCAAAUUCUGCUGAUAUCACCAGCAGAACAGCCACAACACCGAAGACUGCAUUAG